AGUCAGAGAGGAAGCUCCAGUCCUCAGCUUUACCUUGGACACUGUCUUCUGGCUUCAGUGCAGACUCUUCCGCCUUCCAACGCAGACCCUCCGGCCUCCUGAUAUGGACUCGCACAGGACACCGCAGUGAGUGCCCAGAUUCUUCGGCUCUCCAGUGUGCAGACAGCCCUUUUGCACUCUUCCACCCCGGAUUCUGCAUGCAGCAACUAUGACCUCCGGCUUCCUGACUCCCCCUCCAUACAGUCGAGACUUAGUCAGCAUGCAGUGUCACAAUGGGUGUGACUCUGAGCCAGGAGAAAACUCCUCACACAUGCCGAGGACCAGAGUUUGAAGGAAGUCCCGGUACCGCAGCUCAAGAGGCUCGGAGUGUAAGAGUGGCACUUCCUCCCCUGAGCACAACAGGAAGGUGCAGUCGGCUGAGCAAGGCCACCAGCAGCUUCUGCACCCCAAGUCAUCUUCAUAAGGCACACAGGACAUCAUCUUCUUGUACUGUACAAGAAAGGAGUACCCUCUCAGCUACAGGAAAACAAUGUUUUUGUGGGUGUUAGCCUUCCUGAUCCUCUGCGCCUUUCUGUGGAAUUGUAAAGGACGACUGAAGAUUGCAGAUAUCAACGAUAAGUACAUUUUCAUCACUGGAUGUGACACAGGCUUUGGAAAUUUGGCAGCCAGGACUUUUGAUAAGAAAGGAUUUCAUGUCAUUGCUGCCUGUCUGACUGAAUCGGGAUCAGCAGCUUUGAAGGCAGAAACCUCACAGAGACUUCACACGGUGCUUCUGGAUGUAACUGACCCCAAGAACGUGAAGAGUACUGCUCAGUGGGUGAAGAACCACGUUGGGGAAAAAGGUCUCUGGGGCCUGAUCAAUAACGCGGGCGUACCAGGUGUGCUGGCUCCCACAGACUGGCUGACAGUGCAGGACUACAGAGAACCUAUUGAAGUGAACCUGUUUGGACUCAUCGAUGUGACAUUAAAUAUGCUUCCCUUGAUCAAAAAAGCUCGAGGGAGGGUUAUCAAUGUCUCCAGCGUCGGAGGUCGGCUUGCAUUUUGUGGAGGGGGCUACACUCCAUCCAAAUAUGCAGUGGAAGGAUUCAAUGAUAGCUUAAGACGGGACAUGAAAGCUUUUGGUGUGCACGUGUCAUGCAUUGAACCAGGAUUAUUCAAAACACAACUGUCAGAUCCAGUAAAGACAACUGAAAAAAAACUUGCCAUUUGGAAGGAUCUGUCUCCAGACAUCAAACAACAAUAUGGAGAAAGUUACAUAGAAAAAAGUCUAGACAAACUGAAAAGCACCGCACACUGUUUGAACGUGGACCUCUCCGUGGUGGUAGAGUGCAUGGACCACGCCCUAACAAGCCUCUUCCCGAAGACUCGUUAUGCUGCUGGCAAAGAUGCCAAAACUUUUUGGAUACCUCUGUCUCACAUGCCAGCAGUUUUGCAAGACUUUUUAUUGUUGAAACAGAAAGUAGAGCUGGCUAAUCCCAAGGCCGUGUGAUUUCAGAUCAUCACUAUAAAACUGGCUGAUUUCAAGGCCACACCUCAUUUUUAAUCUCAUUUUUUACAUGGUCCAACCUGGAGGCAUGCUCCAAGGUCAUGGUUCUUUUUAUAGAAAAAGGAGCUUCCCCAUGCCAGUGUUCUUCCAAGGCCCCUCCUCAGGCCUUUUUUCACAAUAAGGACGGAGGGCACCUCACAUAGUCCACUCCUGCCCAUUGUGAGACAGUGUGUGCUUGGCGGCAUGGAAGAGAAAUCGGAAGACACCCUCGCCCAGAAGGAUGACACCCUUGACUGCGCCAUGCUCAUCAAGUAACCUGGAAUGUUCCAUGUUGUCGCUUAGCAAAAUAGUGAGCAGUAAGUAGAAUGUUUUCACAAGUGGAUUAGACUAUUCUGUUACCUUGCUAAGAAUAAAACUCUGAAGGACUAGAACUCAGCUGUAAUUUGCUUUGCUAGGAAAAGGAAGAGAGAUAAAGCAUCAUGUGACACCAGGGUAAACCAAAAGGUGGCCAAAUUCAAUAUUGUUUUGAAUUUUUUUGAAAUGUACAUAUUCCCUUUUUAACAACCCACCUGUUUGACAGCUAUUUGACAACUGUUGAAUUUAUGGCUGAGACAAACUAUUUGAACUUACAACCCACUGCUUGGGCUUAUGACCCAUUUUUACUUGUGGACAGUUCUGUACAACUUGUUUAGAGAGCCUCCAUGUCUCUUUUUGCACAGCACACAGUGCAAUACGCCAUAUAGUACUAUAGUUUUGGGUUCUGUUAUGUAUUAUAGUAUUGCAUUAAGUGAUGCAAAUAAAAUCAGAGGUAUCAA